GAAGAUCGGGUGCGAGGGUUUCCGCGAUCUUCACUGAGAUGGCGUUGAAAACUAAAUCUGCGGUAGCUGGAGGUUGGUUGCUUCGGUCACUUCCAAGCUUUGAGCAACUUGGAGGCUACAAAACCUUCACUAGGCCCCCUUGUGGAUCUUCUUUCUAUUUGGGAACUUCCCAGCCAAUGAAUUCUUCCCAUGGCAACCGAGCCCUCCAUGCAAGUCGAGCCUUAUCCAAAUCCACCAAGGUUGUUUCAAACCGUCCAUUAUCACCACAUCUGCCUCUGAAGAAGCCACAGCUGAGUGCAACGUAUUCAAUUUCACAUCGUAUAUUUGGAGCUGCUGUAGCAUCCUCUAUUCUGUUAAUUCCUGCUGCUAUGAAGUUUAGCCUUUUGUAUGAUGUAUGAAAGCCAAUUUCUGAAGUCGCUUCUGAUAGAGCUUUUUCAAAAUCUGUUGAAACCAAAUAUUUGGAUCAGUUUGCAGAUGACUAUCCCAAAUAAUGGCAUUCGGACUGGCAUAGGUUCUUGUUUUAUUUGCAAAUAAUCAUCCAGAAUAAGUAGGAACCUGCUGGUGAAACCUAUUAAUUCUUCUAACUAUGUUUGCACUUUGGUGGUUAUACUUUUCAUAGUGUUUAAAUUAGAUUGUAUU